ACUCUGCACUGCACCAAACCCGGCACUAACGGGCUUCGCUGCAUACGCAGAUGAUGUUGUCCUUUGGGCUUCCGGAUCAUCUCAAUUCGAAGUAGAUUGCAAACUCCAGCUAGUCUUAAAUCGGGUCCAGUCUUGGGUAGAGUCGGUUGGAAUGGAGUUAGCAGAAGAUAAGACUCGUCUUAUCUACUUCACAAAAACUAAGC